CUGCAGCACGCCUAUCUGGAAAGUGUCAAGAAGCCGACACAGGUGCUGAAACGGAAGAGGAAGAAAUGGAAGCUAUUACACCGGAAGGGAGCUUAGGGGCCGGAGAUGACGCCUGGAAUAAGAGAACUGCAUCUCUCGUCCAGAAGCGCGGGCACGUGGCUCGGAACUUGAAGUUUGCGCCCAUGGUAGUAAACGGAAGAAAAAGUGCGAUUCAGGACGACGAUAUGAUGCGAGCUGCGCUGGUCUUGUGUGGACUAGGAAAGCGCAGAGUACUACCCUUAUUAUUUGCACAUACCCUGCAUUUCCAAAACUGCAUCUUCACAUUUGUUAUAAUGCUGUAUAUAUCAUAUUUUUGUACGUCUUCGAGCAUUCUUCGGCAGGACUCCGUUAUCUGUGAAUUUUGAAAUGAAAGACCAGGAAGAAACAACCCCAAUACUUCACCGAUUAUUGAGUCGGGGGCCGGGGCUAAUGAUCUCUGCCAAAGAAAAGGCCACCAUAAAUCCUAUACUUGAUCAGUAGCUAUAGACGAUUCGAAAGAUCGAUACAUGGUUAUCGAUGAAUCAAAUCAGGACGGACAUGCAGAGUCGCUGUGCAGAUCAUCUGAAGGGCCGUUACAGAUAUCCCAUGUAUGAUCAAUGGGGUAGCUACAAAGACACUUUAUGUAAAUGAGCUUAACACACUUCAAAGUUGCGGGACGUGUAGGAGAAGUGAACAACAGGGGAACGUCGAUAUCGAUGGAUCAUGUUUG